AAUGUUAACUAUACCGGAUACAUCUGUGAAAUGUGCUUGUUCGUAUAAUUCGCUAAAUACCGGAGAAGUGUUUCCUCUCCUGUAGUGAUGCUGUUAGAGCAAAAAAAUGUCUGUCGCAUUUUAACUUAAUUUGGUUGCACUUGAGGAAGCUCUGGUGAAAGAGUUAGUUGGCGUCAGCAGCAAGUGGACUUGGCGAACAAGUCCUGUUCAAUAUGCUGCGUUGAGGAGGCAAGGAGGUGAUGGUGGUACAACAGUAGGCAUAGCAUCAUCAUGGACCGCCCCGGCCGGCGGCUACCUGCCACCCACCUGUAGCAUCAACCGGCAGCAUGGCGAACACGACCCACGGUACCCAGAACCGAAGAGACAGCCACUGUGGUGUGUCUGGAGGAGCCAUAGUGGAGAAUGGCCGUGUAGUGAAAGACUUGACUGCCUCUGACCUCCACAAUCACACCAACCACCACUGCCAUGAACCCAGCAUGUCCCUGCACAGCGAGCCCGUUCUGCCCAGUUACAAGCCAUCCUGCUCCUCCACCCCCAUCUACUACAGCAGCCCCCAGAAAAGCUACUCAGACCUGAACCAGGACAGCAACAGCUUGUCUUCCCAGGACUCUGGUAUCCCAACUCUGGAGAUCAACCCUCCAGAGCCUAUCCUCCAUAGCCACCAACGCCCAGGUGACGGACUCCUGGACUCUAGUCAUGGCACUCCUGCCACUUUACCUUUGGAUGAUGAUCCCUCUGACGGCAACGCCAUCCGCAAAUCCUCCACCUUCCCCCGGAGUGGUUAUAACUCCAUCUGCCUCUUCAGCCCCACCCACAGAUCCGCCACCACGGGGAUGAGUGUUGGGGGCGGAGCCUUAAACCGCAGCGACGACAUCUCUGUGUGCAGUGUGUCCAGCAUGAGCACAGAGCUAUCGGUGUCCAAUGAAGACAUAUUGGAUUUCACUGUCACUUCUGACUCCAGUGCCAUUGUUACCUUAGAGACGGAUGACAGCCGUGCUGCUCACUUCUCUGAUGUUAUGCUGUCAUCACUGGGAAACCCCAGAGACUUAUGGAGUCCUGUACGACAGCUUCCGGGGUCAUGUGUCACACAACAGGUAGAGGAUGGCAGGCAAAAGAAACCGGGACCUCUAGCAAGCUUAUUCAACAGGAGCCUGUUUGCCAGGAGGGUGAAGAACAGUCAGCCAGUGGAGCAGAGGGAUCCAGGGUGGAAGCUGUUUGGGAAAGUCUCACCAUGGGAAGGCCCCACAAAGGACCCUAAGAGAAUACAAACGGAAUAUGAAACAAAGAGUGGCAGAGGUGGACCUGGCAACCCGACGUCUCCCAGGCAGAGUGUGAGGAAAAACCUGGACUUUGAGCCCCUCUCCACCACGGCACUUAUACUGGAGGACAGACCUGCUAAUCUGCCCGCCAAGCCAGCUGAGGAGGCACAGAAACACAGACAGCAGUAUGAAGAGAUGGUGGCUCAGGCCAAGAAGAGAGAGUUGAAGGAUGCUCAGAAGAGAAAGAAGCAGCUAGAGGAUCGGUGUAAGCUUGAGGAGAGCAUUGGCACAGCCGCCCAGACCUGGAACCAGGAGAUCUUGCCUAACUGGAGUACAGUGUGUACAACUCGACGAGUGAGAGACCUCUGGUGGCAGGGCAUCCCCCCCAGUGUCAGAGGCAAAGUGUGGAGCCUGGCUGUGGGCAACGAGCUCAACAUCACACAUGAGCUGUAUAACAUCUGCCUGGCCCGGGCAAAAGAGAAGUGGAGGACCACAACAGCACCUGCCUCAGAGACUGAAACUGCAGAUUCUGGUUCAUCAGAUCGGGAGUCAAGCCUGGAGCUGAUCAAGCUGGACAUCUCGAGAACCUUUCCCCACCUGUGUAUCUUCCAGCAGGGCGGGCCAUAUCAUGAUGUGCUGCACAGCAUUCUGGGAGCAUACACUUGUUACCGGCCAGACGUUGGCUACGUGCAGGGAAUGUCGUUCAUCGCAGCAGUGCUGAUCCUGAACCUGGACACAGCUGAUGCCUUUAUAGCUUUUGCCAAUCUGCUCAACAGGCCCUGUCAGAUGGCCUUCUUCAGAGUCGACCACAGCCUUAUGUUGACUUACUUUUCAGCAUUUGAAGUGUUUUUUGAAGAACAUCUACCAAAGCUUUUUGCACAUUUCAAGAAAAACAACUUGACUCCUGAUAUUUAUUUAAUCGACUGGAUCUUCACUCUGUACAGUAAGUCGCUGCCGUUGGACCUGGCAUGUCGGGUGUGGGAUGUGUUCUGCAGAGACGGCGAGGAGUUCUUGUUCCGCACGGCAAUGGGCCUAUUGCGUCUCUACCAGGACGUCCUGACCUGCAUGGACUUCAUCCACAUGGCUCAGUUCCUCACCCGCCUGCCUGACCUCAUCCCCCCGGAGCAGCUCUUCCAGCACAUCGCCUCUAUUCACAUGACCAGUCGCAACAGGAAGUGGGCACAGGUCCUGCAGGCGUUACAGAAAAAUCAGGAGCGAGGCAGCCCGGUGCUGAAGCACUGAGCUAUGAUCAGAGGAAAACCACCAUACACUAACGGACUCAACCAGAAUAACUGGACUCGUAGCAGGCUGGAAGGACCUGCGCGAGACCUUUGUUCAACUUCAAAGGGACAUAUCUGGUUGUAGCCGCUGUAAUAAACCUCUUCUCCAGAGCCAUGUCACUGCUCUAACUGGAACCAGGACCCUGGAGGGGGUCUGUCAGAGAUGAGGGAGAGGUGUGAAAAGGAAAACGAGGCCUUAUUUAUCUCUCACCACCCCUCCUCUGCUCAGAGACCCAGCAGGGGACUGGAAAGUGUAACUGGCAGAGGCUGAAGAAUGUAUCACACACUCCCACAUACACUCUUACCUACCAUGCUGAUUGAGGUCUCCACAGACCAGAGGAAACCAUAACGAUACCAGUUACUACUCAAAUCCUCCACUUAGAUUUAAAUUCUCUGCUGUCACCGCUCUUUUUAGCUACAGUUGAGCUAGUCUUUUCUUACGUUGGCUAUUUUUAAUGACAAAAACAAAAGUCUACAUAUGACUCCCCAAUCUCUAAAAAGACAGAGAUUAGUAAUAGUAAUGUCCUGAAAUGAUGUGAACCUCAGCUAGUGUCUCUGUGUGUCUCAAUCUUCCUUCAUGUCCUCUGAGUUGAUUUUGUCUUUUGACCUCAGUGUGCUUUUCAUUUUCCAGUUGGUACAGAUUUGUUUCAUGAACCAUUCCAUGAAGUCAACUCUCAGUCUUGAAGCGUGUUUUGUCAGUUAAAAUCCAUGAAAAUGCACAUAUCCUUCAUGCUGUAGGUUAAACAUCUGAAGACAAAUUUGGUGUCUCUGAGAGCACCACAUUGUUACAUUUAAUGAAUUUUUUUUACCCUCUAAAAAGAGGUCAUAAGCUGCCUGUAAAAUGCAUUUUACUGUGUAUUUAUGUCAAUGAAACUGGAGUUAAUAAUGAGGUAAUGUGUUGCUGUUAGACACACAGAACAUAUAGUGUCAGACAUGGACAUGCUCUAAAUAAGUUUGAGGUACAUUUCAGCUUGUUAGUGUUUUGCUUCCUGAUGUCUUGGUGUGAGUAUGAUGUCUUUAAAUUUUGUAUUUAUUUAAUAUUUAUCAAUCCAGUCAAAUUAAGUAAUUGUUAGUUGCAGCCCUACACAGAGAAGUCAGCAUAUCCACACAAGCGUGUUAAAAGUAAAUAUAUACUGUUAUCUAAGGGCCCCGACACAGCAACUUGACAAUCAGCUAUGGGGCACUGCACGGCCUUUGUGUCUGUGGCAAACCGUUACUUCUAGUUCUGUGGCGUGUCUGUCCUUUAACAGCAUCUGUCCGACUGGUUGUUCAGCCUUGCAAAUCAAUGAUUUCACCCAUUAAGUACAGUUUCUCAUCCCUUUUUGUCUGCCAUUAAUACAAGCAACAGACCCAAGACCCAACACCAGUCCAAACAAAGCAAAACUUGUGAGGAGACUGUUUCACAGAUUCACAGUGGCAUGAAGAUAGUUGGGUAGUUUGUUUUGUUGUUCAUUCCAAAGUGAUGUUUGAAUUACAGAUUCUUAUUUCCUGUCCUGCAGAACAUAUGUGUAUGUCAGUGGUCACCUGGCCCUCUGGUGUAGCUGUAUCAUCUAUCAGGCCUUGUGACCAGCAGUGGGCGGGGCCAGUAUUUACAUCACUGUUGAGGGAAGUUUCAUUAC